AUGGUCGAGAAUGCGCGCCCACCGCUCUUCCUGCGGGCACGAGCUUCGACGACCCUCAUUCUCCUCGCCGUCUUCCUCGCAGUACUUGUCGACACUGCCGCCUACUCCAUCGCCGCGCCGAUCAUCCCGUUCCGCCUGGAGCGACUUGGGUACCGCAAUGUCGGGAGCAAAGUCGGCUGGAUCAUCGCUUGCUUCGGCGCAGGCUUGAUUGUGGCUACUCCGAUUGCGGUGUAUAUCGCAUCGAAGACUUCAAAUCGACAGAUCCCGCUGCUGGGCGGUGCGGUGUCCAUGGCUGGCUCCAUUGUCCUCUUUAUGGAGUGCAAGGGGUUCGCUCCGAUGCUUGUUGCCCGACUGUGGCAAGGUCUGAGCGGCACCAUUCUCUGGACCUUCGGCCUAGCCCUCGUCAUCGACUCAGUGCCAGAGCAGCACGUCGGCAAGUCCCUUGGCAUCGUCAUGAGCGGGUUGAGCGUCGGUGAAGCGAUAGGUCCUCCCAUCGGCGGCGCACUCUACCGCCAUCUCGGCUGGCGUGCACCCUUCAUCUUCCUUCUGGUUCUCCUAGUCGUCGACAUCGUCCUCCGCCUCUUGAUUAUCGAGAAGAAGACGGCCCUGAUGUGGAUCAAGCGAGGUGUCACCAUCCGAGGCUUCUCCGCACCCGACUAUCCGCCCCCGAACAGCCCAUCGAUAGAGGAAGUCGUCGUCCCACUCGCGCAUUCGUCGACGGUGACUUCGAGCGAAGCCACCGAAGUCGCGACGCCAGUCCUUCCGAAAUCCGAGCACGACGGCGCAAACCUGUGGGAGACGAUGUGGCGCCUCGUACACAACCCACGCGCAGCGGUCGCGCUCAGUAUGGCCUUCCUGUACGGCGCCGACUUUGGCCUCCUCGAGGCGGGAAUGGUCCUCUAUGUCAAGGAGCACUAUGGCCUCGACGAGCAAGGCGCCGGCCUCAUCUUCCUUGCAGUCGUCAUUCCCUCGUUUAUUAUUGCUCCGCUAGCCGGCUGGCUCACGGAUCUCUAUGGCAGCAAAUGGCCUGCUACCGUCGGAAUGGCCAUCGUCACCGCCGCCUUCCCUCUGCUGAUCAUCCGCGGUCCCCUUCCUCUCUUCAUCUUCUUCCUGGCCCUGAUCGGCGUCGGGCUCUCUGCCGUUUCUACGCCGACAACCCACGACUUGAACGUUGCAGCAACCGCCACGCCUGGCGCGACUUCCGCUCAAGUUUUCGCUGCAUUCAACCUUGCAUUUUCACUCGGUUCGUUCGUCGGACCUAUAAUCGGCGGCGAGCUCAUGUCGGGUCUCUCGACUCGCGACGGCUUCGUCGCCAUCGUCGUCAUCGGCGCCGGGCUCGUCGCACUCUGCACACCCUUCGUCCUCCUCUUCACUGGCGGUCGACUGGGCGAGAAGCGGCGAGAGACGAAGGAGAAGGAGCUCGUAGGCGUCGAGGAGAUCCCCUUACGUGCGGUUCAGGAGAAGAAGGCGGACGACUAG